UCACGCUCUCCGGUGGCCAAAAUAAAGUUACGGACGGAGCUUCCCCUGUAAGAAACAUUGGCGCAUACGACGUAUAGUCUUUUAUUGUGAAAUCUGGGAACCCGGAACUAGUCAAACGGAGCUUAAACGUCUCUUUUCCGGUCGUCACCUUCAGUUCCGAACGUGCUCCAAUGGUGGUGGGGGGUCUUGUGACACUUUGAACCAAACAACCUCCCUAUUCCUGCCUCCUCGACCCCCCCCCCACGUGUAACCAGCCCGCAGCGCCGCCAUGAACCAAACGUCCUGUGCGUUCCUGCUCCAGCUCUCCAGGGGGGGGCUGACAGCGGCGGGCCGCCGCGGCCGCUCGUACUCCAGCAGCAUCAAGGUGCGCCCCUAUCUGCAGUACAUAAAACGCAAGGUCCUGUCCCAUCCCAGCCCCCCGUACAGCCACGUGUGCCAGGUGGGCGACCCGGUGCUGCGUGCGCACGCGGCUCCCGUGGACCCCGCCGCCAUCCCCGGCCCGGAGGUCCAAAAGGUCAUCGCCACUAUGGUGAAAGUGAUGCGGAAGCUGCGGUGCGUGGGACUCAGCGCGCCUCAGGUCGGGGUGCCUCUCCGCAUCCUGAGCCUGGAAUACCCCGAGAGGAUGGUGAGGGACAGCCCGCCCCCCUCCAGGGAGCUGCUCGGCCUCUCCGUGCAGCCGCUCAGGAUCUUCGUCAACCCCCACAUGACCGUCCUCGACAGCCGCACGGCGCUCUUCCAGGAAGCCUGCGAGAGCAUCUCGGGCUACUCGGCCGCGGUGCCCCGCUUCCUGUCGGUGGGAGUGUCGGGUCUGAACGAGAAGGGGGAAGCCGUCACGUGGCGCGCCAGCGGCUGGCCGGCCCGGAUCCUCCAGCACGAGAUGGACCACCUGGACGGCGUCCUCUACGUGGACCGCAUGGACAGCAAGACGUUCAUCAACAUCGGCUGGCAGGAACACAAUGAGUAGCGGACCUUUCGGGGGGGACAAACGCGGCGGGACGCAGGAAGGGACGCGCCUGUGUGGAAGUCCUUCACGACAGCGCAGCUGAUAGUGAAUCCUGAUUGUCCCCCCACGACCCUGGACGGGUCCAGGACACGGAGGACUCGCCUCAGGACAAACGCGACGGAUUCUACGUCCGUCGCUUUAUCUGUCUGAGGCGUUGAGAUUGUGUGCGACGUGACGAGUGAUACAGGCGAAUAAAAAGGAGGCUGACAGGUCCAGUAGGGAUCCUCUGACCUUAUUGCAUUGCAA